UUCAUCAUAAAUAAAAGUCCCACGUGAUGAAUGGAAAGAAAAGCUUGUGCAGGAUACUAGUCAAUCCUUGAACCCUAGAAAAAUCAAACCCCCCAAAAAAAAAACAUUACUACUUUCGACUACAAGUAAUAUAGGAUUGUACAUAUAUUUACUUGAUCGAUCGAACUUAGUAAGAGAGAGAGAGAUGGUGAAGGUACGGAUGAACACGGCAGACGUGGCGGCGGAGGUUAAAUGUUUACGACGUUUAAUCGGGAUGCGUUGUUCUAAUGUUUACGACCUUUCUCCCAAGACAUACGUAUUGAAAUUGAUGAAUAGCAGCGGUGUUACUGAAUCUGGGGAGAGCGAAAAGGUGAUGCUGCUUAUGGAGAGUGGUGUUCGUCUUCACACCACCCAAUACGUCCGGGACAAGAGUAACACUCCUUCCGGUUUCACUCUCAAGUUACGUAAACACAUCCGUACUCGUCGCCUUGAGGAUGUUCGCCAGCUUGGUUACGAUCGGAUUGUUCUCUUCCAAUUUGGUGUGGGUGCCAAUGCUUACUACCUUAUCUUGGAGUUAUACGCCCAAGGCAACAUACUCUUAACCGAUUCCGAUUUCAUGGUUUUGACCCUUCUUCGCUCCCACAGGGAUGAUGAUAAAGGAAUCGCAAUUAUGGCCCGCCAUCAUUACCCGGUUGAUAUCUGCAGAACCUUUCAAAGAGUCGAUACUGCAAAGUUACACCAAGCCCUUACAUCCUUCAAGCAAGCUGCUGCUGCUGCUGACCCACCACCACAUGUCACCAAGAAAACUUCUAGUAAGAACAAGGAUAAGGAUAAUGCCAAGCAACCUACCUUGAAGCUUGUUCUCGGGGAUGCUUUGGGCUAUGGACCAGCACUAUCAGAACAUAUUAUAUUAGAUGCCGCCCUAACUCCAAACCUCAAACUGUCUGCUGACUUGAAGUUUGAGGAUGCUAGCAUUCAAGCACUUUCCGAGGCCGUUAAGAGGUUUGAGGACUGGCUGGAGGAUGUUAUUUCAGGCUUUAUAAUCCCCCAAGGAUACAUCUUAAUGCAACAGCAGAAGAAACUCGAUGAAUCCCCCGAUAAGAAUUAUGACGAGUUCUGCCCGUUAUUGCUAAAUCAGUUCAGCUCGAGGGUGUCUGUAAAAUUUGAGACGUUUGAUGAUGCCUUGGAUGAAUUUUAUAGUAAAAUUGAGACCCAGCGAUCUCAACAGCAACAACAAGCAAAAGAGAGUUCUGCAAUGCAGAAGCUUUCGAAGAUUCGCAACGAUCAGGAAAACCGUGUGCAAGUACUAAAGAAAGAAGUAGAUCGAUCUGUUACUAUGGCAGAACUUAUAGAAUAUAAUCUAGAAGAUGUCGAUGCUGCUAUUUUGGCUGUUCGAGUAGCUCUUGCAAAUGGUAUGAGCUGGGAUGAUUUGGCUCGCAUGGUGAAAGAAGAAAAGAAAUCUGGAAAUCCUGUUGCAGGUCUUAUUGACAAAUUACAUCUUGAAAGAAAUUCCAUGAGUCUGCUAUUGAGUAACAAUCUUGAUGAAAUGGACGAUGAGGAGAUAACUCAGCCUGUCGAAAAGGUGGAAGUUGAUAUAGCCCUUUCUGCGCAUGCUAAUGCUCGACGAUGGUAUGAGCAAAAGAAGAAACAAGAGAGCAAACAAGAAAAGACGCUUACAGCUCAUGCGAAGGCCUUCAAGGCUGCUGAAAAGAAGACACGUCAGCAACUCUCUCAGGAAAAAUCGGUUGCUGCCAUUUCACAUAUACGAAAAGUUCAUUGGUUUGAAAAGUUCAAUUGGUUUAUCAGCAGUGAGAAUUAUUUAGUUAUCAGUGGACGUGAUGCUCAACAAAAUGAGAUGAUAGUCAAGCGUUACAUGUCAAAAGGAGAUAUAUAUGUCCACGCUGAAUUACAUGGAGCUUCAAGUACAGUGAUUAAGAAUCACAAGCCUGAUAACCCUGUACCCCCUCUUACAUUGAAUCAAGCAGGAUCUUUCACCGUCUGCCACAGCCAAGCAUGGAACUCAAAGAUUGUUACUAGUGCGUGGUGGGUAUACCCUCACCAGGUGAGUAAAACAGCCCCGACUGGGGAAUAUCUUACGGUUGGUAGUUUUAUGAUCAGAGGGAAAAAAAAUUUUCUUCCUCCUCAUCCUUUGAUUAUGGGAUUUGGCAUAUUAUUCCGUUUGGAUGAGACUUCCUUGGGUUCACAUCUCAAUGAAAGGAGAGUUAGGGGUGAAGAUGAAGAAGGAUACAAUCAAGAAGAUACUGAGCCCUUUAAAGAACUCUCUGACUUUGGUUCCGAGAACGAAGCACCAGAUGGUGAAUUUCCAGUAAACACAUUGGAUUUAUCUGCAGCUAACCAAGAAUUGGCAAACUUAUCUACUGAAGUUAGCUCCUCUGAUAUCAAUACCAUUAAUUCAAGAGGAGUUUCUAUCGAAGAGGAGGCUAUACAGAGGGUCAAUGUUACAACUGUGUCUACUGAACUUGAGACAUCUGCUACAACUGUGUCUACUGAACUUGAGGAUCUCCUUGAUAGAGCUCUUGAGCUUGGGUCAACUGCUAGGAAAUAUGGGCUUAAUGCGUCACAAGCAACAGAUCCAGAUAACAUAAUUAGUAAUGAGGUGAAGAAAGAAAUGGUGAGGGAAAAACCUUACAUUUCCAAAGCUGAAAGAAGAAAUCUCAAGAAAGGCCAAACACACAGUGAAGGUAGAGAUGCUGGUGGUCAUGAGAAAGACGAUGCAGAGAAGAAGAAUAAAGUGGAACACCAUCCACAAAAAGAUGUUCAGAGUUUAAGGGUGGAUGGUGGUGGCAAAGUUAGACGUGGCCAGAAGGGCAAGCUUAAGAAAAUGAAAGAGAAGUAUGCAGAUCAAGACGAGGAAGAAAGGAAAAUCCGAAUGUCAUUACUUGCUAGUUCUGGAAGAGCUAAAGUUAAUGAACAAGAGGUGCAGACUGAAGCAGUAACUACAAGCAAAGUGUUGAAACAUCUAGGGGGCAAUGAAGAGGUUCUAAAACGAUGUUACAAAUGUAAAAAGUUAGGACACCUGGCUAAAGAUUGUCAAGAACAGCUGGACGGAGUGGUGCAGGGUCGUGAAAAUAGCAAGCAUGAAGACAAUGAUACACUCGAUGAAGCUGAGAGGAUAGCAUUGGAAGAAGAUGAUAUAAAGGAGAUUGGUGAAGACGAGAAAGAAAAAUUAACAGAUGUGGAUUAUCUCACAGGGAGUCCUCUACCAAAUGACAUUCUUUUGUAUGCUGUGCCUGUCUGUGCUCCUUACGCUGCUCUACAAUCCUACAAAUAUCGUGUCAAGAUAAUCCCUGGAACAGCAAAAAAAGGAAAAGCUGCAAAAAUGGUGAUGAAUUUGUUUGGUCACAUGCCUGAAGCAUCUCAACGUGAGAAAGAGUUGAUGAAAGCAUGUACAGACCCGGAGCUCAUGGCUGCCAUUAUUGGAAAUGUCAAAGUCUCUGCUGCAGGCCUUAAUCAACUAAAGCAGAAGCAGAAGAAGGGAAAGAAAGCAGCAUACAAACAAAGCUGAGUUUCAUGUAUAGGCUAUAAAAUCCUAGACAUAUUUCAGCGCAUGAGAAGUAAAACUUUUUGCAUAUGACUAUAUGCAAAAAGUUUAUAUGUUAUACGAGUAGUUUUUUGAUGAAAUCAUUACAAUUGUAGAACUCUGGUCCCAAAAAAAAACAAAAAAUUUUAGCCUUGGAAAUGAAGGCAAAAGUGCUCAACUUUCAUUCUGCAUUUUUUAGAUUUACAAUGAUCUCUUUGAAUGUGA